GGGAGCAACUGACGCCGCACCGUAUUGUUGACGCGCACGUCUAUCUUUUCUUGUACAGUACGUCUGAUAAAAUUAAUCAAUAGCAUACAUUUAGCUAUAAUAGUAGCAAUUAGACACCAUUUUAUACCACAAACCAUUAUUUUUUUGUUUUCAAAAUAGAAUUUUGAACAAUGCAUACAACAUUCUAAUGAUUACAUUUGUAACUAAUUUCACAUUUGUCGUCGAUUAACUAUUUUCUGAGCAAUUAAUUAAUGCCCAUGGCCUUUUUCUUGUUCCUAUUGGUUGUAGGUUGGAAUGAAGUUAUGUGGGGGGCGCCUCUUACUUCCGUAGCCGUUAGCUGCUACGGCUGGCUAACUAGCACAUCGGCUCAGCAAUCCUGCCCAUUUGAGACCACUCGCAUCAAUACCACUGAAACAAUAAAGUUAUCCCAACAUGUCGCCACCGCUGUUGUUUAGGGCCUUCAUAAACGAACGCCUCGCUGCCGCCGCCGAGGAGAUAUUUGAGUUUUUUGAGCGAAUAGUGGUCAAAUACGAAGAAGAAGCUUCCAGCUCGCAGAGGGAGAUAAAACGCCUCCGAGGGGUGCUGCUGGAUUUUGUUUCACACCAGAAAACAGACUUCUUGCCGUCAGCAGCCCAUAAGGAGGAACAUCCCCCCCUGCAACAUCUCUGCCAGCGGGAGUCAAGUGUGACCGUUAGUCGUACGGAAGUAGAGUCCCGCCAAGUUAAACAGGAAAAUCAGGCACUGUGGGAAGAAGGCAACCAAGUCCAAGAGGAUUCCUACAUCACGUAUGUGCCUCAUUCUUCUGCUUGGGAGCAAGACGACAACAAAGUGUCUUUGCAGAUGGAUUUUCUGGAGUCACGAGGGGUGGAAACUGCACCCUUGCUGCCUCCUGUCCGCACACUUGAAGCAUCUCCACUCCAGGAUGGACAAGAGAAUCAACCCCAAAAGACAUCAACGGAGCAAACCUUCACAGAUUCAUCACAUUUUAAUUUAGUUACGCAGGACUACCGCUGUCACCUAUGUGACAAAUCAUUCUCCUUCAACCAUCACCUGGUUAAUCACGCUCUCCGCAUCCACUGGAAGGACGUGUGCUGCGCCGUUUGCGGAGAGUCCCUGGAGUCUCCCAUACGCCUCAGCGAGCACCUUCAGUCCCACCGGGGCUCCAAAACCUGCCCCACGUGCGGCAAGCAGUGCGGCAGCGUGAGUGCGCUGGCCGAGCACAUGACCAGCCACACGGGCGAGAAGCCCCACCGCUGCCACAUGUGUGGCAAGGAGUGCAGCCGCAAGGGCGAUUUGAAGAUACACAUGAGGAUCCACACGGGCGAGAAGCCUUACUGUUGCUCGCACUGCGGCAAGCGCUUCACGCACAGUGGGCACCUGAGAAAGCACCUCAGGAGCCACACGGGCGAGAGGCCGCACACGUGUGGCGUUUGCGGACGAGGGUUCCUGCAGAGCACGCACCUCAAGCAUCACUUGACCACUCACCGGCCGGCAUCUUGAUUAACUUAUACACCAAGGACUCUCUUUUCUCUUCACUGUGUUGUAACAGGCACUAAAUACUUGGCAGUACCAUCCAUCCUUUUUCUAUGCCGCUUGUCCACACGAGGGUCGCGGGGGUGUGGUGGAGCCUAUCCCAGCUGACGUUGGGUGAGAGGCGGGGUACACCCUGGACUGGUCGCCUGCAGGACUGUAUUGACCCAAAUAUAAGACAACAAUGCUUUUACAAUAAUAUUUUAAAAGACAAAAUCAAAGAUCUCUCCAGGUCAUCGUUGUGUGUGUAAGUGACAGGAAGAAAAGCUCUUAUUUACUUUGGUGAAUGGUUGCUUGGCACCACCUUCUGGUUUGCAUGUUUAGAUCACUCUACCCCAGAUACAAGACGACCUAUCUUUUUGAGACUUUUUUUCUAAGGGUAAAAAGCACAGUCUUGUAUUCGGGUCAGUAUGGUGUUUUGUGUAAGAAAUUAAACCUCUAUUGUUGAACUGUUUGUUCCAGGGUGUGUCUCUCAUUGCUUCAUCGUAAUGGAAACAGCUAUAAUCUGUCCCAGUGUCAAACUGUCAAGUGUGGUAAUAUCGGCACAGAAGUCUAGGUCACAACCGGACUUAAAAUUUUUUGGCGUUCCCUGUUUUUCUUUUUUGUGGAGAAUGUGGUUGUGGUGACCAUUAAGGAGUAAGAGCUCGACACGCAUGUAGGAAGUAGGAAAUAUCUCAACGUGCGUUGGUCGCACUAAUUACAUACGGCUCGAAAGUCAGCACGUCACACAAGCGCCCUGUCACACGUGCACGUGGACCGGUGUAGGAAUCCAUAUGACUGGUUGUGACCUAGGUUUAAGUGUACAAGCAGUUUUGAGCAACUGAUAAUGGUCAUGCUUGUUCAUUUAGUGGUGCGAUAAAAGCCAAAGAAAAGGCAAUAAUACUUGGAUGCUCACUGAAGUGAAGUGCAAAUUCCAAGUUUUUGUAAAACCUGAGAGGCAUUUUUGUUCCUGAAAGUGUUUUUUUCUUUUUAGGUUACAUAUUGUACAACCUCAAAGGUAUUAAUUCAUCUUAAAGAGGUUCCAUUGUGUCUUUGCUGUGAUUUUUGUAUUACAUCAACUGGGACUUCUUUUAUUAUUUGUACGCAAAAAUGCAAUAUCCAUGAUACUGUAUAGUGUAUAUUUUUGUAUACACCCGCAGACGGGCUUGGGCACCUCCCCAGCUCCCACUGCAUUUCCUAUCAGAAGUGCACAAAUAUUUGUCCGUUUGUACCAUUUCUAGGGCCGAAAGCUGUGAAACCCAAGUGGUUAAGGGUAUCCAGUCUAAACCUUCGUGGCUACCAUCACAUUGAAACCCCUAUAAAGCCCCAAUUAACCAAACCUAUACAUAGUAUGUACUGUAUUUUACUUUUUAGAGCGUGCAAAGUUAGUAGAAAAGAGUGGUAUAUACCUGUAGACUGUAAUGUACCACAGAAUGGCUUCAGCAGUGGAUGUGAUUCGCCACUAGGUGGCAGCAUUGGCGCAUUUCAGUCACCCAGCUACUCUGCAACGCCACUGAUUUGUGGGUUACUCAAUACUGUUUACUUUGUGUAGGAACCAUGUAAACAGAUUUUGAAGUAAAUUAAAGCUAUCACUUG